GCCACCAGUCUGGAACCGACUCAUAGUAUAUUUGCCGCUCGGAGGUCUUUCCGGGGCUCUCAUCGUUCCAUCAUAUCUUUGCGGCUUGGAGAUCCUUCGGUGCUCUUGUUCGGUCUUGUCUUUUCACACAGUUCUCCUAGUUUCCGCCUAAUCCAGCAACGGCAACUCCAUGACCAUGGCAGCCAUGAACGUUUACUCAGAAGUCAAGCGAUUCUACACGUCUCUGCAAGAGAUGGUCGGCCUCCGGCGCAGGAAGCGUCAGCUCCAGAUCUCCGAGCCGUUCGACUUCAAAAAGGAAACCGUCAUCCUCCCCGGCCUCACAGAUGGCGAGAUCUCCGUCCUCCGAGAAAAAGCAGCCGCCUCCCGCCUCGGCAUCGCCGCCAUCGACGCCGACCAUCUCCCCCCAACCACCACCACCGCCGCCACCACUACCACCAUUACCACUAGCACCACCUCCUUUCCCAUCCCCUCCCCCUCCCCUUCCACCACCGCCGCCUCAUCCUCCGGCUACUUCCCCCCCUCCAUAGCCCCCCCUCGCCGGACCUCGCGCCUCUCCAGCGCCCCGCCGCGCUUGUCCCUCCCCAUCCCCAUCCCCGUUCCCACCCCUAAUGCCCAUCACGCCGCUGCCGCGCGCCGCCAUGGCUCGGCUGGCGGCGCUGGGUCCUUCUCCCUGCGUGGAAGCAGCACGGUUGGUGGUAGUGCUGCUGCUGGUGUGGGUGUGGGCAUGGGGAUGGGGAUGGAGGGUGGUAGAGAGGUGGAGGGAGCUGGUUUUGGGGCCGGGGCUGGAGGGGCUGGGAUGAGGACGUCGGUGUCGGCGAAUGAUUUGGAUUUGCUGCUGUUUGGGAACCCGUCUGGGGUGGGGGGUGCUGGGGAUGGGUGUGGGAAGGAGGGUGUGGUGGUGACGGCGAUUUCGCCGGUCGAUUUGCACGGGGGUGCGCCUGUUAUUAAUGCUGGUGAUGUCGGUGGUGCUGGGAGUUUGGAGGUGCAGACCAGGAGGCUGGAUCUGUUGGAGAUGGACUUUGAGUUCCAGCUGGGCAGCCCGGUUAGUCCGCUGGAGCCUUCUCUUGGGGGUGUGGUGGCGGAGAGGAAGGUGCUUGUGGGAGUGUGAGUUUGGUUUGGUGGUUGGCAGAGGGGAUAUACCGGGAAGAGGCAAUGGGGGCCGGAGAUGGCGUUAGUUUGGUGUUCAGGAAAUGAUAAUGUGUUUUCACCCACAGCGCAUUUAUUCUUCCAUUCAUUGUCAUACAUACAUCAUUGGCAUAGGGUCUGGGGGUCUGGGGAGUCACUACUUAAAGUGGGUGUUGCAAGACAGGUUAAUUGAGGAGUUGGUCGAGAGUCGACUGAGUGCAAGACAACG